AUGGAUCCCGAACUUUUUCAUUCUUGGACUUUUCAUGACAAACAGAACAACUUUACCAACCGGAGGUUUUUUAACGGUUUAUUCACCGUUUUAGAGCUAAAAUGUGCUUUAUUUUCUGAGGCGGCGACAUCACAGACAGUUAGCUUUGGCGCCACAGCCAAACGGCGGGAAAGACUCCGCCUUUCAUCUCUCCGUUUUUACCGUCUCCCGACCUCUCGGUACACCGGGUUACGGAGGUUCCUGCCGCCGUUUACUGCGGACAUCCCGGCGGAGACGGCGACGUUUCCUGGUCGGCGGUUGUCGGACCAGGCCGCCGGGCCGCCCCCCUCCGGAUCUCCGAGAGUCCCCCUUCUCCUCCUCGGUCCGCUGCCUGUCAGACUACAGCCGGUCACUUCAUCUCCACGGACUCUUCGGUCAACGCGACGGUAAGAAACGGUAAAGAGAAACAUUUUAAAGUGAAAAUAAAGAGUAAAGACCGAGGAUUGAUGUGAUUAACUGUGAUUAACUCUAUAACUGUGUGAAAACGACCAUAGAGACUGUGAAUGGAGGAGCUCCUUUGAGAAAAAAACACUCACGCUUUAGUUAAAACACACACCUGGUAGAGUUCUCAUUUGUAUUUGUAAGUACGGUGAUAUUUUGAUGUUUUAUGAUAUAAAUAUUUCUGUCCCUGUAUUACCUCGUGGGUGUUUUCAACUAUUUUUUCAGUUCAAAGAGUGUGAUUUAUGGAGCUUUUAAAAAAUGGGGUUAAUACCCAUGAAACAUUUUCAGUGCUGGUAUUGAUAACUGCGUCAUACUACAGACAUCUUGGUAUCUGACUCCUUGAAACCAUGGUAACUCAUCCUGAUUUAGCAGACUCUGACAACCUUCACACUGACUGUGACCGCGACUCCCCUUCCCAGACCGCUGUAUGAAAGACUGAUGAUGUUUGAGACUGUGUUAAAGAUGACUCACCAUAUUUGAAGCUGACUCACUGUGUUAAAGCUGACUCACUGUAAUUAAAGCUGACUCACUGUGUUAAUGCUGACUCACUGUAAUUAAAGCUGACUCACUGUGUUAAUGCUGACUCACUGUAAUUAAAGCUGACUCACUGUAUUUAAAACUGACUCACUGUAGUUAAAGCUGACUCACUGUAAUUAAAGCUGACUCACUGUAUUUGAAGCUGACUCACUGUAAUUAAAGCUGACUCACUGUAUUUAAAGCUGACUCACUGUGUUAAUGCUGACUCAUUGUGUUAAAGCUGACUCACUGUAAUUAAAGCUGACUCACUGUAUUUAAAGCUGACUCACUGUAUUUAAAGCUGACUCAUGUUUAUUUUUGUACUUCAUCAGAUUUUCGGAGAACAGACUUUGGGAGUUCCUGAGGAUCACAGAGUCACAGACCGUCACACAGGUGAGGUUAGGGUUAGGGUUAGGGUUAGGGUAUAGGGGGUUUGGAGGAGACCCACCCCCUUGGUAACUUUUGAACGGAAGGUGGUAGAGCGCUGAAACUUGCACUUUGGGGGGGUGGAAGAUUUUUCUGAGUCCAAUGAGCCAACUCCCGAGUCUCUAGGACGUUCCUGAAAAAAGUUGAUUUUUUCCCAUAGGAAUGCAUUGGAGAAAAAUCGUAGAAUUUUACCGUGUCGACCGAAUUUUUCACCUUCCAGAAUUGUGUUAGGAGCACGUUUCAGGCCACGGGGAGUCCAUAGAACCUAAUUCUGGGUGAAGUUUCUGGGGGUUGAAACAAGGAGCUCUGCGGCAGGGUUAGGGAUAUAGGGGUAUGUGCCACUUUUGACAUGCCGGUUCAUUGCCUUUCCCAUUGAUGAACCGAGCUGAGAUUUGGUCUACCCCCCCAUUUUCGGGUAUGCUGAAUCUAGAAAUAGUAAUGAACCAGCGAUCGGACAUUCCUAUCAAAAGUUAUGGCGAAGUGAAAAUUUCCCAUUGAAAAUGAAUGGGAGCGGAAAAUGGCCAAAGUCAGUGUUUGCAAGUGUUCGACUUUGUCUGGAAAUGUUGAAAAUGGGUUGUGAGCACGUUUCAGGCCAUUUCCUGUCGUUUGAGGGUUAGCCUCUCGGAGUGCUCCUGUGUUAGGGUUAGGAUUGGGGAAUGACUCCCGUCUCCCUCUAAGUUAUGACCCUGCUUGGGUCUUCAAGGAGUGGGGCGUGCACGGGUCUUCGCCCCACCGGACACACCCCUCUGGUCCCAUUAAGAACACUACUUGUGUUUAAUAAAUAUUGUUUUUAAGUUGGCUUUAAUGGGUUGAGUUAUUGUUUUUAAAUAUCUUACAUUUUUUUUAACUGUUUUUUACACACAAACACACAAUACAUGAACUACACAUGAACUAUGUACAAACAAUGUGUGCAUCAUCGACAACGUUUCGACCUGACUUGGGUCUUCUUCAGGUCUGUGCACACAUAAGAAAGGGCUGCUGGGCACCAAUUCAUAGGUGUUGACAGCAGCUAAAAAAAGAAGAAAUGUCCCUGUUCCCUUCUCACCUUUUAUACCUUUUAAAAAAUAAUUAACUGAAUUUCUCGGAUAUUUUAUGUUAUUUUCUACUCUAUUUAAUUUGAAAAUGUUAACCCUUUAACUGCUGAUUCUUAUUAAUACAAAAUAAUAUAUUUAUGUUUAACCUGAGGUUAGGCUUAAGGCAGCAUUUCUCAAAGUGUGUGGCCCGCCCCCCCAGGGGGGCGCGGAGCCAUCUUUAAGAAGCUAACAAGUGGAGGGGAUGCAGGGGGUGCAUUCUACAGCAUAACACCUGUUAAGUAUGCUGCUAUCCCCACCUGUACAAUGUCCUCCUGAAAGUGUACAAAGACGCUUUCUGCUGUGCUAAUUCAUGGUGGGAAGUAGCUCAGAAACCAGGGCGGAGAUAACCACCAACGCCAUGCUAUGCCUCUCACAUUUUUAAAAGUGGUUACCGUAACUUUAACCCUUAGAUAGAAACCAGGGUCAUUUCUCUAAAAAAUUUAAAUUCAAAAUUAAAGAUUGGAAUCUUUUAUAAACGUAUUAUUUGAAGAUAAUAUCUCAAAGCUCGUAAUUUGGAAUCUUUCUUACAACUAACAUUUGAAAUGUGUGCCCCAAAAUCUAAAAUUGAUCCAACCCCAACCCUACGUUUCAACCUAAUCUAAACCCUAGGUCUGGCCUUUACCCUGUGUCUAACCCUAACUCUAGUUCUUACCCCAACAGUAGGUCUAACCCUAACCCUAACCCUAACCCUAACAAAAUUUAUGCCCUAAUCCGAACCCUGGGUUUAACCCUAACCCUAGGUCUAACCCUGACAAUAACAUUAUGUCUAACCCUAACUGUAUGUUUAACCCUAGUCCUAGGUUAUAACCCUAACUCUAAUCCUAGCCCUAACUUUUAUUUAGCCCUAGGUUUAACCCUAACCCUAGCCCUAACUCGAACCCUAGGUGUAACCCUAACCCAGCUCUAAUAUUAACCCUAACCCUAACCGAAGUGUUUGAAACUAAUAUCUAAGGUUGGUAAGGAAAAUAUGUUUAACCACUGACAUUUAAAAUUUCAGACCCAAAGUCUGAAGUUCUAAAACUAUCUGACACUCACCCUAGGUCUUAAAAAACCCCUAGGUCUGGUCAUUACACUAACCUUGGGUUUAAUUAUAAUCCUAACCCAGUGUGUAACCAAAAGCCUAACCCUAGACCUAAACCAAAACCCAGCCCUAACCCUAACCCCAAACCCUAAACCCUAACCCCUAGCACUUACACUCAUCCUAGACCUAAACCAAACCCUAAUCCUAACCCUAACCCUAGCCCUAACGCUAACCCCUAACCCUAAACCCUAACCCCUAGCACUUACCCUAACCCUAGACCUAAACCAAACCCUAACCCUAACCCUAAACCCAACCCUAACCCCUAACCCUAGACCUAACCCUAACCCUAACCCUAGACCUAAACCUAACCCUAAUCCUAACCCUAACCCUAAACCCAACCCUAACCUAACCCUAACCUAAACCUAACCCUAACCCCAACCCUAACCCCAACCUGGGAAUCUAACCCUAACCCUAACCCUAACCCUAACCCUAACCCUAA